AUGGGAAACUUUAAUUUCUUAUUAGAAGCAUUUUUAACAAAUUAUCAGAUCUAUGAUAAUAAAGCUUAUGAUAUUUCAGAAAAAUGGGUAAAUUUACUUUUAAUACAUUCAUCUUUAAGAAAUCUUUCAUAUAUAUAUAGCCAAACUCCUAAAUCAUGGGUUUAUUUUUUUGUGAUUAUAAUUCGACCAUCGCAAGCCAUUUAAAUUGGUUAUUUUUCAAUUUUUGGUUUAGUUUUUGCAAUUUACCAUUUAUUUUGCAUUUUAAUGCCUACUUUAAUUGGAAAUACUUUAUUGAGCUCUAUUAAUACUUUAUUGAAAGUCUCUUUGCUUAAUAUUGUUUUAGAAUAAUUUCAAGAUUUAUUUGGUUACAUAAUUGGAAGCGUACUUUUAUUGUUUUAAAUAUUCGAAUAUUUUUUCAUUUAAUGGACAUUGAAUGUUAAUUAAAAGAAUUUUCAACUUGUUAGAAUUAGUUUUUCAAGAACAAUUAAAUUUCUUUUAGAUAUUUUUUUGAUAAUUGCGUAUAAAUUCAGAUUUAAUAUCAUUUUAAUCUAAAUUAUCUCAAUGACAAAUUCUCUUGUCGAUUCAUUUAUAAUAUUAACUGAAAAAUCUGAUUUAAAUUUAUUAAUUAAAUCAAUUAUCCUUUCAAUUUAGUUAUUAACUAUAUAUUUAGGAAUUGCUUAAUUUAUAAAGUAUGAAAACUCUUAUACUUUGAUUUUGGUGCCUUUCUUUUUUAAAAUUGCAUUUGGAAUAAGAAAAAAUAAAUCUAAUCUUAAUUCUAAAGAUCAUAUUGUUCAGGCAUCAAUUUUUCUUAAAUAAAAAAAAUUUUAUGAGUGUUUCAUGAUUUUACUAAAAUAUAAAGAAUCUAAUCUAUUGAGAUAAAUUAAAUUAAAACUAAUUUUAUAGUAGGCUGUCAAUGAAUUUAAUUUUGUUAUAAAUAAAAACUUUUAAACGCCAACAAUUCAAAAGGAUUUAGUAAUGAAAUUAAUUUAGAAUGAUUCAUUAAAUUAAGCAAUUUCAUUAGAAAUUAAUUAAAUUAUAAAAUGUAAAAUUGAUCUCCUUUAAAAUUGGUAUUAAAAUUCAAUUUAAGAUAUUUUAAUUUUUAUUAGAAAAAUUAUAAAUACAAAAUAAAAAUUGGAUAGUUUUUAUUAUAGAUAGUCAUUAAAGUGUAAUUAAUCGCUAAUAUUAUUUUUUUAUGCAGAAAUCCUGAAUGAUAUAAUAUAAGCUAAUGAAAUUCUUACUCAUGUAAAGAAAAUUACUAAUGCAGCGAUUAAAGAGUCAUUUUUAUAUAAAAAAACACAAUACAUGAAAAUAAAGUUUUUAGAUUCAUAAUACAUGAUUGAAUCUAUUUCUAGUAAUGCUCCUCAACAAUACAAAAAAAAAUUAUUAAAUGAAUUGAUUCCUUAAGGAGUUAGAGAACAUCAUGAUGAACUGAUAUAAAAUUAUUUAACUACUGGUUAAUCUAAAUUUUCUCGGAAUUUUAGCAAAAAUUAUAUAUAGAAAGACGGAUUUAUAGAAUCUAUUAAUUUAGCUAUUCAAAUUAUUUAUACUCAUUAAAUUUAAUUUAUUUCACUUUUUACCAAAAAUGCAAAAUAAAAUAAUGUAUUUAUUAUCAUAACAAAUGAGAAUUUUGAAUUAAAAUCUAUGUCAGAGUAUUCUAAUCAAAUACCAUUUUUGGAUAAAGUAUUUAAGCUUGGCAUUUAUGUCAAUAAAAUAAUCAAUUAAUUAAAUUCAGUCUCUUAAUCUUGUCUAAUUGAAAGCUCAUUAUACUAUUCUCAUCCAAUUAUAAAAUCACGCUAAAGCUUUUAUAAUGAAACAUCAGAAUAAAUGAAUUAUUUUUGCGAUAUAAAUGUGACUGUAAAAAUAAUUAAUGAUGCACCAACAUAUUAUAUUUUGGAAUUAGAAAACUUUAGAAAUUUUUUAACAACUAAAAAAGAAACUUAAGUUUAAACAUAUACUUCUUUUGUAUCUGUUAAAGGUUUGAAUAAUUGUGAUGAAGUAGAUUAGAAUGAAGCUUUGUUAAUACCUUAUUAAUCUGAUGAAUAAAUUAAAAAAUUUGAUGUAGAUCUGCAUUAAUUAAUAACCUCUAGGGAUGAAGACUUAUAUUUCUUACAUAAUGAUAUUGAUAAGAAUUAGUUAGCAUUUGAUAAAUCUAAUACAAUACAUGAAUAAUAACUCAAUGAUGAAUACGAACAAGAAGAGUUUAUGAUUGAUGUUAAAUCACAAGGUUCUUCGAUAGAAUAAUUAAGAUAAUCCAAAUUUAUUAGAAAGUAUAGUUUAAUAAAUAGAUUUAACAAUCAUUUACCUUUGAAAAAGCAAUAAUAGAUUCUUAUCUUAUUAUUUAUCUUGUGUAGUAUAAUAUCAAUUAUAUUUAUAAUAAUUGUAAAUAAAUUAAACAUAUUUUUUAGGAGUUGUUAAGUUUAAACCUAAUUGGAUUUGCAAGUGAUAUCAAUUUGCUUGAAAUUAAGAAUUUAUUUUUUUAACCAUUAGAUUUAUUUUUGGCUACAAGAUGGAAUUUGUGGACAUAUAAUUAUGAAAAAUAAAAUGCUAUUAUUACUUAAGAAGAAUAUAAUGAGUUAUCUAAGUUUUCAAUAUCAAACUUAGGAGAGGGAUAUAAUUAAUUGAAUUUUAACAUGUAAUCAGUAUUGUUCAAAUACGAUUUAUAAAAUUUGUUAUAGAAUAAGAUUUUAUCAGUUUUUUAAUAAACAGACACAUUUAAAAAUGAAAAGUACAAUAUGACUUUAAGGAGUGCUAUAUCAAUACUAUUAAAUUUUUAAUAUAUACUAAAAAUGAAUUAUGUUUACGAAAAAACAGUGAAAGCAGAUAGUCCAUAAAUAUUUUAUAGUUUUAAAAAUUAUCCAUUACUUAGAGAUAUACUUACAGAAUUAAACGAAGAUAUAAUGAUUGCAACCAUUGCCAGAGGAUAAGAAUUUGAAACUAAACUUAUAACUUUUUUCAUCUGUUAAUAAGUAAUAUUAUUUAUGAUAAUUUUAUUAAUUUUCGGAUUAAAAAGGUACACAACAAAAAAACUGUAACUUUUUUUAUCUCUAACUUCAUAUGUAGAAGAUAAUUAUUUAUAAAAAGAAAUUUAAAAACAAAAAGCUCUAUUAAGUUUACUCUAAGAAGACAGAACAAAAUUAUUUUUUUACAAAUUUAAUUUAUUUGAAAAAGAAGCAUCUUUUAUAUAAAAAAGAACAGAUAAAACAACAGAAAAUUAAAAGACACAUCGUAUAAUUGAUUAAAAUAGAUUACCAAUAAUUUAAUUUACUAUAUUCCUUGGAUUAUUUUAUAUUCUAAUUUAAGCAAGUUCAGUUGUAAAUUAUCUUUAGUAUAUGAAUUAUUUAAAGAAAUAUCCACAGACAGCUGCUUAUAAAAAAUAAUUAAGUGAUUUAAGUGGUGAUAUACCAUUAAUGUUUGCAUAAAGGGAGGUUUUAUAUGGUAGAAAGAAUUAUAUGUAUUUGGAUUCAGCAUACUUUGAUACAAUAUUUAAAUAUGUGCAAGAAUCUUUAAAUUAAACAAUAGCUUUUUCUUCAUCAAAUCUAGAUUUCUCAAAGUAAUUAUAAGAUUAAUAUAGAAUUUUGAUGAGUGAAAAAUUUGAAAAAUUUUACAAUGAGAUAUUAAUAGAAAAUCUAUGCUAAUUUUUACCUGAAUAUUUGAUUGAAAAAUCAAAAUAAUUAUGUCCUAUAACAAUGAGUGGAAAUAUGAAAAGAGGACUUAAAAUAAUGUUAGUUUAUAUAUCAUCUCUAAUUGAAACAGAUAUGGCUAUAAACAAUUUUACUUACAGAGCUCGUCCAACUUCAAAUGAAUUAGAAGGAGCUUAUAUGAUAUCCGAGAUUAUAAAUGUUAUAAAUAAAUCAUUUUAUGAUGAUUUAAUAGAUAUUACAACAUCAUUAGUUGAAUAAUAGAUGGUAUUUAAUAUAAAUAUUUAGACUUUUAAUAUAUUGUAUUUAUUAGUAUUAUUUGGAGUAUUGAUUGUUAUUUUGACUAUGAUUAGACCAUGUAUGUAUAAAAAUAGCAGAAAUAUUAUAUAAUUGAUUUAUCUAAUUCCAGAAUAUACCUUAUAUAAUGAUGAGGCAUUUGAAAGAACUUUAAGAUUAUUAAUAAAUUUAUGA